GUUCUCUCUUUCUCUCUCUCUCUCUCUCUCUCUCUCUCUCUCUGUGUGUGUGUGGUCCCUUCCUUCACGGCAUCAAAAAGAGGUGCGUAUCUUCGCUUCCUAGUCCUUCCAGGUUUUGCAUAUUUUCGCUGCAAGGUGAUAUAUCAUAAAACAAAGGAUUGAGAUGGUUUCACCGCCAAUGAGGAUUUAUAAAAGCCCUCGUGCUGUAUUUUCCCACAAUUUGAAGAAGAGAAUAAGGGUAGUUUGAGAUGGGAAUAAUCAAGAACAGUUUCUCAUUUUUACUGGGAACUGGUUGUGGUAUAUACAUUGCUCAGAAUUAUGAUAUCCCUAAAAUAAAGAAACUUGCAUAUAUAUGGGUUGAUAGGGCAAAGCAAGUUGAAGAGACUUACAGGAAGCCUAAGAAGAAAGAUGAGCUCUCUUGUCCAGUCUCCACUGUCCCAGCAAGCGCCGCUACGAGGGCCCUAAGAGCACAAAUAAGAAUCCAACCAACAGCAGCUCGAGAAGAGGAGGAGGAGGAGGAGGAGGAGCCUGGCCUGCUUCCAUUCGACUUCGUCGUCCAUGUCGUCGUCCGUUCUCUCGAUGGAUCCUUCCGAUCCUUCCUUCUGGGAGGAGUUCUUCACGGGGAUGCUGAAGCCGGCGGCGGCCACGGCGGUGGUUCUGAUGGCGGUGGUGCUGUCCUUCAUCCAGAAGCUGGGGCUGGAGGGGGAGAUGGUGUAUGCCAUCGCCAGGGCCUUUCUCCAGCUCUCUGUUAUCGGGUUCGUGCUCCAGUUCAUCUUUACGCAGAAGAAUGUCGGGUGGAUCAUCCUCGCCUACUUGUUCAUGGUAUCUGUUGCUGGCUAUACAGCAGGUCAGCGUGCAAAGCAUGUUCCUCGUGGAAAGUACAUAGCUGGGGUGUCCAUUUUGACAGGAACAGCAGUGACCAUGUUCUUGCUCGUUGCACUGAAUGUGUUUCCCUUCACUCCACGGUGGAGACAGCACUGGCUCUUGGUGCAACACCACGACAAGCAACACUUCAGCAGGUGAAGAGGUCUCUAACCAUUGCAUUGUCACCAGUGGUGGACAAUGCGAAGACAGUGGGUCUUAUAUCUCUUCCAGGUGCCAUGACCGGUCUUAUAAUGGGAGGCGCAUCACCCUUGGAAGCUAUCCAGCUGCAGAUAGUUGUCAUGAACAUGCUUAUGGGGGCAUCAACAGUUAGCAGCAUCCUGUCAACCUACUUGUGCUGGCCUGUGUUCUUCACCAAAGCCCACCAAUUGGAACCCAAAGCUUUUACUGCAGAUUAAUUGCUCCUUUAAAAUAAAAAAACAGCAUAAAAGUACUGUCCAUUAAGUCCCCAUGCACCCCCCUUGCCUCCCCACUAUCGACCAUCAACUGUUUUAUGAUCUGUGAUGCAAGCAAUUGAGCUUGGUAUGGUAAAGUUGAGCUGUGUCUGGCUGUAAUUUAUUUCUGUCAUAGGAACAUUUUCUUCAUCUGUAGUUUUGGAGGAAAACUAAAGCUUCAAAUGAAGGUUCCAGUUGUUGCUGCAGAACGCAAUGCUUUUAGAGCAUUUGUUGUGAAGCUCAUGUCUACAGACACAAGUUUGUAGGAAAAGGGAAUUUGCCAUGAAAUAUCUUCCUUAUUUUCA